AUGUCAACUCUUGUGAUAUCGGAGCCUGUUGGAAGAGCUUGGGCGCACAUAAUGGAAUCAUAUUCUCCCGCCACUAUCGAGUUUGCGGGCACAUUGAUAGUCCAGCUCAUCUUCUUCUGGGUUCCCUGCGUUAUCUAUAUGUCUCUAGAUGCGCUCUUCCCCAGGUUUUCGGAACGCCAUAAGAUUCAACCUGCGCCUAAGCAACCAACCCGGUCCGAGAUCCUCGAUUGUUUCAGUGUCGUCUUGAAGAACCAGGUGAUUUCGACAGCACUUCACGGACUCAUGAUUUAUAUCUCCACCUUGGCCGGGAAGGGCGCAUUCCGCGUGGAUGCUUCAAUCCCAACUAUGCACGAGAUAAUCCGAGACCUUUUUAUCUCCCUUCUGCUUCGCGAGGCGCUCUUUUAUUAUUCCCACCGUGUCCUUCAUCAUCCUCGUCUCUAUCCAAAGAUCCACAAGAUUCAUCACCGUUUCACUGCUCCAGUCGCACUCGCAGCGCAGUAUGCACACCCCAUCGAACAAAUCGUAGCCAACAUUCUCCCUAUCACAAUUCCGCCGCAGCUCUUGAACUCUCAUAUCCUUACAUUCUGGAUCUUCAUGGCAUAUGAGUUGAUCGAAACCACUACUGUCCAUUCAGGAUACGACUUCUUCUUAAACGCAGCCAAGAUGCAUGACCUGCAUCACGAGAAGUUUUUGAUUUAUUUCGGUGCUAUUGGAGUGUUGGACUGGUUCCAUGGGACUGAUGGUAGCAAGAUGGCUGCGAAGAGGAAGGCAAAAGGCAGCGCCGCUGUUGGAAAGGGUGUCUCCGAGGAUAGAAACGGGUCUGUCGUGAAGGGCGAUAAGUCGGAUUAG